AUGCCUCCAGGCCCUGCUUACAACUGGCUAUGCGUCCUUGCUUCGACCGCUGAGAUUUUAUCGAAUGCGGCGCGGUACAGAGCCGCUCAGGUUGCUCCGAAUUACCUUGCCACUUCGUAUGCCAACCCGAGAAAACGGAGAAGGACUGAAGACACAGAAUGGCAGCAGACGGUAGAGCAUGUGAAUGAUGGUCCCCAGUCUUCCUCAGGCAGCGCCCUUGCUUCCCAGUACGCGGCUCGGGAAGCACUCGUCGAGGACAUCCGACCCACCGUCGCCGCCGCACCGGUAGUCGAACGUAUCAUUGUAGAGGAGAUUCAGAUCCCAGAAGCAGACGUUCGAAAGCUCUCAGAACAAUCUGAGCCUGCCUCUGACGCGUCCCCUGUGGUUGACACUUCUCUCAAACCGGAGGACCCAAAUGUUGAAGAGCUUGCCGCCCAAAAACCAGCUGCUUCUUUAGCUGCUGGAUUGGAAUCAUACCCACCUCAGAUGUCACGCAAUUUGCAGUCUUCAAAGGUACCUUCCUCUAGAAUAGGGAGGCUAUUCCAUUACGGAGGGUUGGCAGCCUCUUUGACCUAUGGGGCAGCGUCUGAAGUAUUGCGAAGGACAGGCUCGGGGACGUCUGGCGAAUCUUCCGUGAUGAUGACAGAGGCCAACAUUAGACGGCUAGUUUCUAAACUUUCACAAAUGAGGGGGGCGGCGUUGAAGCUGGGACAGUUUAUGAGUAUACAAGAUACCCAUAUCCUCCCACCCGAAAUCGACAAAAUAUUCCGUAGGGUCCAAGAUAGCGCGCAUUAUAUGCCCGACUGGCAAAUGGAGCAAGUCAUGACUCAAUCACUCGGCCCGUCAUGGUUAGACAAUUUUGUCAGUUUUGAUAGAAUACCUUUUGCUGCAGCCUCGAUUGGCCAGGUCCAUACCGCCGUGCUUGCAGCGUCUGUAUCUCCAACUGGGAAAGAGGAACGCGUCGCUGUGAAAAUUCAAUUCCCCAACAUCGUCAAUUCGAUAGAGAGUGACCUUGGAUAUAUCAAAAUGCUGUUGACUGCUGGAAAGCUGCUUCCAAAAGGGCUCUUUUUGGACAAGACAAUAUCGGUCAUGAAAGGCGAAUUGGCGGAUGAAUGUGACUACGUCCGCGAAGCCUCUUUCCUUAAAACAUUCGGGUCCCCUGAUUGUUUAGGCAAUGACCCCCGAUUCAAGGUCCCAUGGGUUUGGGAUGGUAGCACCGCUACGGUCUUGGUCAUGGAACGAGUAGAUGGUGUUAACGUCGGAGAAGCGAACGCGCAGAAUCUCACACAACAGGACCGAAACGAUAUAUCGGCAUGGAUCAUAGAACUCUGUCUCAAAGAGCUUUUUGAAUUCAGAGCAAUGCAGACCGAUCCCAACUGGACCAAUUUCCUGUGGAACUCGAAGACUAGACAAGUCGAAUUAGUUGACUUUGGAGCAACUCGAACAUACUCAAAGGAAUUUAUGGACAGUUGGUUGGCACUUCUACAAGCCGCAGCCGUUGGCGACCGCGACACAUGUAUCGACUGGAGUCGGAAAGUUGGCUACCUGACAGGCGAAGAAAAUGAAGUUAUGCUGAACGCACAUGUCAACUCGAUGACGCUCCUCGCCACUCCAUUCAAAGCCGAGACGCGCCAGCCUUUCUCGUUUGGGCCAGGGUCGCAAUGGGCGGAUAUCACAGCUGAGAUUCGCGCACAGAUUCCGGUCAUGUUGGCCCAUCGCCUUACUCCGCCGCCAAAAGAAACGUACAGUUUGAACCGAAAAUUGAGUGGUUCAUUCUUGCUUGCGUCGCGCCUCGGAGCUGAAGUAGACACAAAAGUUAUCUGGGACAAGGUCGUCGGAAAAUAUAGAUUUGGGUGA